AUGGCAGAGACAACCUCAACCACCGUGGUAACAGACACCACCUCACAGCAAGGAAUCACAAUCAUCUCGAUCAAUCGGCCAACAAGAAAAAACGCAGUAGAUCUUUUAACUGCGAAACAGCUCUACAAUGCCAUCCUUGCCUAUGAAGCCGACGCAACGCAAAAAGUCUGUAUCCUGACAGGCGUCGGUGAUACGUUCUGCGCCGGGGCAGAUCUACAUCAAGUCGCAGGAAAACAAGACAACUCCCCAAGGGACAACCUUCAACCCGUCAAUGGACGUAACCUAGCACCAAUGGGUCCUUCACGACUCACUGUUCAGAAACCAGUGAUAUGCGCCGUGGCAGGCUACGCGGUAGCAGGAGGACUAGAGCUCAGUCUACUAGCAGAUCUCCGUGUUGUCGAGGAGGAUGCUACAUUUGGCGUAUUUUGUCGACGAUGGGGUGUACCUCUGAUUGACGGGGGUACAGUCCGACUCCAAGCGAUUGUUGGUCUUGGUCGCGCGAUGGAUAUGAUUCUAACAGGCCGACCGGUGGAUGCUCAAGAGGCAUUGACUAUGGGUCUUGCAAAUCGUGUAGUACCAAAGGGAGAGUCUCUAAAGCACGCGUUAGAAAUCGCGCGACAGCUUCUAGUCUUUCCUAACAUGUGCCUCAAUACCGAUCGCCAAUCCUGCUACUAUAGUGCUUAUGAGGCGCGUUCAUUCGAAGACGCGAUGUCGCACGAGUUCACAGCAGGAUCUAAGGUCAUUGCGAUUGAAUCCAUUCAAGGCGCUGCGAAGUUCAGUAAAGGAUCCGGCAGACAUGGUAGCUUUAAAGCUGGAAACAGUAAGUUGUGA